GGGCUGGGAAGAUGGCGGCGGCGGCGGCGGCGGCGGCGGAGGCGGCCGCCGGGGCCUCGCCCACUAUCGUGGAGUACUUCGAGGGGGAGGACUUCUACCGCUGCGGCUACUGCAAGAACGAAGCGGGCAGUCGCUCCAACGGAAUGUGGGCGCAUUCGAUGACUGUACAGGAUUACCAAGAUCUCAUAGACAGAGGAUGGAGGAGAAGUGGGAAGUAUGUUUACAAGCCUGUUAUGAGUCAAACAUGUUGUCCUCAGUACACGAUAAGGUGUCGUCCUUUACAUUUCCAACCUUCAAAGUCUCACAAGAAAGUUUUGAAGAAAAUGCUGAAAUUUCUUUCCAAAGGAGAAAUGUCCAAGGGAAACAGUGAGGAUGAACCUAUGGAUUCUCAUAUAGAGGAUGCAGUUGCCUGUGAUUUUGAAUUAAAAAGUAAAUUGGACAUCCACCAAUCUGACCUAAAAUCAUUCAGUGUGGACCGUGAAGAAGGAUUGGAGAACGCCAAGGAGAAGAACAAAGAAAAAUGUUUGAGAGAAGAGGAACGUGACAAAUUGAUUCAGGCCUGUGUAGAGAAAGAGAAGCUGGGCUCCGGGGAACCGUCAAGUUCGAUUAAAGUUUUUCACGCAUCUCCUAAGCCAGGCAAAGGGGCAGAUCUGAGUAAGCCCCCAUGCCGGAAAGCAAAAGAUAUUCGGAAAGAACGGAAACGGCAAAAGCUCAUUCUUCAGAACCAGACAGACAAACAUAUAUGCUCUCAAAUUCAAGAUGAACCACAGCCUUUGUGUUUGCCGAAGGCAGAAGCAAGUAGAUCCAAAACCAUUGAAGAUUUCAUUUUCAGUUCUUUACCUGAGGAUGCAGCCCACCAGUUAGAGGUGAGGAUGGUGAGAUCAUCCCCACCAAGUUCCCAGUUCAAAGCCACAUUUCAGGAGUCUUACCAGGUCUAUAAACGUUACCAGAUGGUUAUUCACAAGGAUCCACCUGAAAAACCAACUCUAAACCAGGUGAGGUUAGUACCGGUCUCCUUUGAGGAUCCAGAGUUCAAGUCCUCCUUCAACCAAUCAUUAUCUUUAUAUGCCAAGUAUCAAAUGGCCAUACACAAGGACACAGCUGCUGAAUGUGGGGAGACUGAGUUCACAAGAUUCCUUUGUAGUUCACCUUUGGAGGCCGAGACACCCUCCAAUGGACCCGAUUGUGGUUAUGGGUCUUUUCACCAACAGUAUUGGAUGGAUGGGAAGAUAAUUGCGGUGGGCGUCAUCGAUAUUCUCCCGUACUGUGUAUCGUCUGUAUACCUUUAUUACGAUCCAGACUUCUCGUUUCUGUCUUUGGGUGUCUACUCGGCCCUAAGGGAGAUUGCUUUUACUAGGCAGCUGCAUGAAAAAGCACCUCAACUCUGCCAUUAUUACAUGGGUUUCUACAUUCAUUCAUGUCCCAAGAUGAGAUAUAAGGGUCAAUAUAGACCUUCGGACUUGUUGUGUCCAGAGACGUAUGUCUGGGUGCCCAUCGAGCAGUGUCUGCCCGUACUUGAGAAGUCCAAAUACUCCCGCUUCAAUCCGGACCCCAAAGCAGUAAACAAGCGAGUGCUAAAACACCAAAGACCGACCAAGCCACAUAAUAGCCACAUCAUGGGAGAAAGGAACAGUAUCACACAUGUAUCAGUUGAUGAAGGUCGCCUAAAGGAACUUGAUCGCUUACGAGUGCUUCACAAGAGAACGAUUAUGCCUUAUAACGUAUACAAGAAACGCCAGAAAGAUCCCAACAGUGAAGCCACUAUCCAGCAAUAUGCAAGUUUGGUGGGACAGGUGUGUUCAGAAAGGAUGUUACUGUUUAGAAGCUGAAGAAAAUGUUUUGAAGGUUAACGGUCAACUCUCUAGGUACCAUAUCGUGCACUUCUGUUGGAUAAUCAAUAACCUGUUUAUAUUUUGAUAGAUAUAUGGGUAAAUAAGAUAGCUAAAAAUUAGAAACUUAUUAUAAAAAUAUUCUAAAAUACUAAAGAGAAAAACCUAUGUGAAACCUAUGACAAGUUUAUGCAAAGACUUUGAGAAUGUGCCAAGACCUUAUCUCAAACUUCGGAUUUUGGGUUUUUUGUAAGCAGGAAAUGUGGGGUUUCAUUUUCAGUGAUGCUUUUCUGGUUUGUACGACGCUACAGUGGAUUCUGAAUCGAUUUGGGUCUCAGAGAUAUUCAUUUUAUGUAGGAAAAAUGGCACCAGUUUGGAUGCUCCAAACCAGUUAAAAUAAUUUUAUCUAUUGAUAGGUAUAAAGAAAUAUUGGGCUUAUUGACAGUACAGUUCACAACCGCACAUGUGGACCCCUACUUUCGUUUAACACAGUCUUAUGAAAGCCCUCUAAAGUUUUAUUCUCAAAAUCAGUGGGAAUGUCCAGGCUGCCCUGACCACUUCCUUCCUACAUCUCUCUUCAGGGCUCCUGGCCAAGUCCUUGCUUCAUCAUAUAUAGCUGGACUGUUCCUUGGGGGCCAGCUCUACUGCCCUGCUUUCUCCCAACUCUCUGAGUAGAUUCUAACUUUCAGGCCUUCCUGCCUCCCGAACACCCUCCUCUUCCUUACUGAACUUCCUUCUCCAUUCUCUUCCCCCUUAUCUUGUUCCUGACCAUCCCAUGGCCCAACCAGUGACUACCAGGACAGAAAGCGGUCACUGAGCCAACCACGGUGCUUUUCAGAGUCCCCAAAAGAGACAACUUUACCUUCAGAGAAGAAAUUUCCGGGCCUUUUUCUGCUUGUUGAUUGAUAGUCCAUCAUCUUGGGCAUAUCUCACUGAACCUGAAAUGUUUCCUUAUUCCAGACCUCCUGAAUGACUGACCUUUAUUAUGUGGAUGGCCAAUCCCUCUCAUUCUCCUCCUUGAUGAUCUCCUGUUCUACCCAGGGACAGGACUAAGUUAAUGUCCAAGCCCUCCCAAGCUUUGUGAGAGCCAGGGACCCAAGUUGCUGAGAGAGUGCAAAGAAUCCCCUCUUCCAUCCCCAUCCCUUUCCAUAAAAGGGACUCAAAAAUAUGAGUGCAAAAUGUUUCUAUGCAUCAACAGUGUUUUUAGAGGAAAGAAGUUUAAUCAAAUUUAGUCCCCACUGUGGCCCCCACCCUGCCCACACACAUAUACCAGGAUCCUUUCUGAGCUCCAGGAAAUCCUCUUUUUUGUAUAGACUUGGUGGUCAAGAGGGCUGUGUAGAUGAUCAUCCAGCAGCUGGAGAAGAAAUAAAAUUGGGGAAUCUGAACCAUAUCCCCAAUCCUCUCUCCCCACACAUCUCUUGCCCCUUCCAUGCUGCCCCAAACUUGAUUGACAUCUGCCUGGGGAUUGCCCAGUUAGAGAGCCAGGCUUCAACAUGAGCUCCCUUUGUAGCCUCUAUUUGAGGAAAGCCUAUCAAGGCUCCAAUCUGAAACACAGUUUAUCUGAGAGUUUUUUCCACUCUAUUGAGCCGUUUUAAAAGCCAAAGACAUCUAAAAAGACCGAUCAAUUGGCAAACACAGAUUUGCAAUCUGUACAGGUUCAUAAAUAAAGCAACUCAAGACUGUAGAAUAAAAAGGACACUUGAGCCUAUAAAUUUAAAAUAUGCAUCGGGCUCUGGGGUCCUGUUUAUCAUCAGUCUUCUAUAACCACUUACUUUACUCACUGCUCUGUCCUAACUGUGCAGAGGAUAAUGAAUUGUGUUUUCCAAAAGCAGGAUUUUUCUUUUGUCACCAUUAAAUUUGCUUUAAGGAGAGAAUAAAUGGAAGUAAAAAACCAGACUCCUUUGUUACAAAGCAAAUUCUUUUGCUGAGAAAGUUCACCAUGUUAAGGGAGAUCAAGAGAACCAUUAUGGUACUUCUUAAUAAUUGGAAAAUAGAGUCCUCAACCAUCACCCGACUGUCCCUUCUAAUUAGAAACGCAGCUCCCUAAGAACUGCAAGAUAUCUUUCAACAAUUUUACCCUCAGUUAAAUUAAUUCAGUUGUCCAAGCUUUUCAUUGUUUUAGGUAGCUAUGAGCUAUGUUUUUUUUGAUCCAGAUGAAUUAGAGAUUGAUUCUUCUGUAGUUCUUUCAUUAUAAUUGAUUGAGUUAAGGAGGUGGUAAAUUUACCACUACAGGACUGCACACCCUGUUUUUGUUUUUAAUGCAUAUGUUUUUUAUUAGUUAUGGGUAUAAUUCCAACUGCAUAGAAUUUGUCAAUGCAUAAGAUUUCGUUUUACUCUCUGAAUUAUUUUAAUGCAGUGAAAGGUGGCAGAGGUUAAAUCCUGACUAACUAAAGCAAAGCUCGUCGCUAAAGUAAAAUAAUAAAGGAACAAGGCAAGUAUCUAAUUAAAAAGUUCUAAAAAUUGGAGAACACUCUGAAAAAUCUGAAAUGAUAAGGGUCUGUGUUCAUAUUUCCAAAGUCCAUCAAUGAAUGUAAGAGGAAGGAUGUGAUUAUAUGUUAAAUGUAUCUUUAUUCUUUUGUAUCUACUUGUCGAAUAGUCUGCUGAAUGAAACUAGAUGGAAAGAAAUAAACUACUUCUUGUGUGUUCUGACUGUCACCAAUCAGUACCUUAGUGAUAUCGGUUUCUCUGUGUUCUGGGUUAUGCAGGCUGAAUGGGUAAACUCAAAGGACAUCAUGUGAAUUCAAAAAAGUUGUAAUUGCUUGAUUCAUAUUAAUGGAUUUAUCUCUUCUAAGUUUACUUAAUCUAUAUUCUUGAAGCAAAAGAACAGCAUUAAACAUGGAAUUUGAAAAGGUCUCUCUUCUCACGUUGUAAGUACAACAUAGUUGAUAAAAACAAAGUAGUGAUUUCAUUAUUCUAUUUCCUCUACCAGCAGUUUUAGAUUUUUAAAAUGGAGUUGAAUUGCAAAAUAUUUCUAAGUUAAUUUUAAGUUUAAAGGCAUUAUAACAAACACCAAGCAUCUGCAAAAUGAGUCACCCUAGGAACCAACCUAGGCAAUUUUUUGAUUUUCAGUGUAUUUUUUGCUAAACUUACUCUUUGAGAAUCAAUUCCAUGUGAGUUCAUAAGGGAUGGAGAAGCCCCCAAAAGAGAACUAGUAGAAAACUAAGAAAUCAGAAGUCUCAAAAUUACGUGACAUUUAUGUUUUUUAAAACCACUGGCUUUUUUCUCCAUUACACAUUUCCAGUUUGGCAUUUGAAUAUACAGAAAUACAGCCAAAGUGGAACACAAAAGCUAAAUUUGAGAGGAAUUGAGUCUCCAGCUUAAAUCAGAUAUUUUGUCAUUGCCCAAAAAUAAAAAUUUUCAACAUUUUUGAUCAGCAUUUAUCAUAGGGAAUGUUUUUAAAAUGUCACAAACUAGAAUCGUGGCAGUCAGCAGAGAAGCUAAGUGUCAUCUUCCCAACUUGCAUCAUUCAGUCAGAUGAUUUCACUUUACUUUGAACAUUGAAUUUUCAUGCUUUGUCAGUCUGUUCCAGAUUAAAAUCACUUCACUUAAGCCUUUCUAAUUUAAUUAAUGGUAAAUGAGAAUUCAUAAAUAUUUCAUGAAGUCCAAUUCACAUUUAGUGAAUUCUGUAUUCAGGGACAUUGAAUAGUCUCUCCUGACUAAUGGAGCUUGUUUGAUUUAUAAAGGGAAAAAAUAGCAUUACAGGUUUUUUGUUUUGUUUUUGAUUUUGUUUUUUUCUCCUGGCCCAGUCAAAAACUCUCAAGCUAGUUUCUGGUGAAAAUUCAAUGGCCCGUCUUCUUGCGAGCACAAGUCUAAAAUGCAAUUAGGACAGACCUGUAUUUGGAAAAGCAGGAAUAGCUACUUCAGAUGAAUUAAUGGACACAUUUUAUGAUCUUUGAAAACUUUUAAAUAAUAUCUAUAUUGUAGUUUUGAAAAAAUGUAUUAUAAUGAUUAUUUUAAAUACAAUAAAAUCUAAAUUU